GCAGUUUAAGAUUCAGCAAGUCCAAGACCCUGCCUGGGGCUCACUGCUGGGAUUCAUAAGGAAGCAAUAUUAAUAUCCCCACGUCUCAGCCCUGGUCAGUGCCGAUUCCCCACCACCUGCAGCUCCCCACCCGAUCACAGGCACAGGAUCUUCCUUCCCAGCCAACAUAGGAGACUGAGCCAGUGUGAGUUCAAACACAGGGCUCAACAUGACAACUCUCAACCAAAGCAGCUUUGAUCCUAUAACGUUCAUUCUGACCGGCAUCCCGGGCAUGGAAGAGUCUCACAUCUGGAUCUCUGUCCCCGUCUGCCUGAUGUACGUUGUUGCACUUUUUGCCAACUCGGUUUUACUCUUCAUCAUCAUAACAGAGCGCAGUCUCCAUGAGCCCAUGUACCUUUUCCUCGCCAUGCUGGCGGUCGCUGAUCUGCUGUUAUCCACGACUACCGUGCCCAAGAUGCUGGCCAUAUUCUGGUUUAGUGCCAAGGAGAUUUCUUUUGAUGCCUGCGUUACCCAGAUGUUCUUUACCCAUUUUAGUUUCAUCGCAGAGUCAACCGUUUUGCUGGCCAUGGCAUUUGACCGGUAUGUUGCCAUCUGUUACCCUCUGAGAUACCCAACUAUCCUCACUCACUCAGUGAUAGGGAAAAUAGCUGUGGCGGCUGUUCUUAGAGGGUUAUGUAUAAUGUUCCCACCUAUUUUCCUCCUUAAGAGGCUACCGUACUGUGGACACACCGUUAUGCCUCACACGUACUGUGAGCACAUGGGCAUAGCCCGGCUGGCCUGUGCUGAUAUAACAGCCAACAUCUGGUACGGGUUCACCACAACUCUGCUGUCGUCAGGGCUGGACGUCAUGUUCAUUGCUGUGUCUUAUGGGCUGAUCCUCAGGGCCGUCUUCCAGCUCCCGUCCAAGGACGCCCGGCUCAAGGCUCUCCGCACCUGCGGCUCCCACCUCUGUGUCAUCCUGAUGUUCUACACACCGGCCUUUUUCUCCUUCCUCACUCACCGGUUUGGCCACAGUAUCCCUGGGCACAUUCACAUCCUCCUGGCCAAUCUCUAUGUGAUUGUUCCCCCCAUGCUAAACCCCAUCGUCUAUGGCGUGAGAACGAGACAAAUCCGGGAACGAGUGACUCGCAUGGUCUCCCAGGCCUGGGGAUUUCACUGCUUCUGCGGCUGGAGGGGAUGUUGACCUGCACAUAAUGCCGAGACGCGGACUGGGAAUGAGCAAUUGGUGCUGAGUGCUGCUGCAGGGCCACGACCAGCAGGUUCCUUCUAAAUGAAACCAGAUUGCUUCAAAGGAGGGUUUUCAGGAGAUGGGAGCCUGAUUCUUCUGGACUUUUAAUCACUGGAGGUUCCUCCUGUGGUGUUUGCUUCCUGUGGUUCAGAUGAACCAUCAGAUGCUCCCCUCCAGCACAGAUCAGAUGCAGAACAUUCAGAAAACAGUGAGGACUGUCAAGAUCUCUGUGCCUGUGAUCUUCUAUAAACACACCUGUCACUGUCUGCCCCUUCCACCCAUUUGUCUGUUUAUUCACCUGUAGUGCACUGUCUUAAUCUUAGACUGUCAGCACUCUGAGGUGCAGGCUGUCUUUGUGUUAUCAGGAGACUACCUAGCACAGUGGGGCCCUGAUCUCUGAUUGAAGUCCUCAGGCAUUAGUUGGAUACAGAUAACAGUCAUAUCAUAUGAUGGUGACAACACUCUUUCCAUUCCACUAGUACCGCUGGAGGGUGUUAAACAGCAGCUACUGAAGUUGGACAUUUUUAAAUUAGCAGGUAUAGAGAAAACGCAACCAAGAGUUUUAAAAGAGCCAUCUCAGAUGCUCAGUGGACCAUUAAUGUUGAGAAGUUCCAGAAGACUGGAAGAAAUCGAAUGUUGUGCCAAUUUUUAAAAAAGGCAAAGGGGAUGACCCAGAUAAUUAUAGACCUGUCAGUCCGACAUUGAUCCUGGGCAAGAUAAUGGAGUGGGCGAUAAAGGAUUUGAUUAAUAAAGAAUUAGAGGGUAAUAUAAUUAAUACCAAUCAACAUUAGUUUAUGGAAACUGGAGCCUGUCAAACUAAUUUGAUAUCUUUUUUUGACGGAUGCAGGAGGCUUGGGUUCUAUUCCCAGCUUUGCCUCAGAUCUGCUGGGUGAUCUUGGGCAAGUCACUUCCCCGUUCCAUGGCUCAGUUUCCCCAUUGGUAAAGGGGGGAGAGGUAAUGCUACCGAUCGCCUUUGUAGCACAAGAUCUGCCACUGAAAAGCAGUGUGAAACACUAGGAACAAUGUUUCACAUGCACUCUGGAGAGGAGCAAAUGAAUUACUAGAAGCAGGGCAGGGGCAAAUCAGGCUCAUGGAACCUAUGAAGAGUGAAGGUGGCUUGGGUUUAUGUUUAGAGCAUGAAAGCCCCCAGUUGUUCAAAUUCCCUCUGUGCUAGAUCUACCGAAACCUCUGCUGAUCUAGGCAAACCCUGGCCCAUCCCCCUCCAGGGCAGAAGGGCCUGUCUGGGGUGAACACGGUUCCAUUCUGUUGGUGGCAUUGUUGAGAGAUCUGGUGCAAGAUAUCUGCACCCGUAUCUACCUCAUCAAUGUGCCAGGACCCUCUGCUUCAGGGUUGUAGGGCAAGACAGUGGACCUGUUGCUUCACAGAUCUACCACCAUCAAUUUCUCCCUGCCCCCCAAGGAAGGAGAGCACAGCAGUGACUCUGAAGGGAAGGUUCCUUCCCCUGGUGCUGAUAAACUCUCUGUGCCAUGCCCGGUGGCUCUGAAUCAUAGAAUAUCAGGGUUGGAAGGGAUCUCAGGAGGUCAUCUAGUCCAACCCCCUGCUCAAAGCAGGACCAAUCCCCAGGCAGUUUUUUACCCUACUUCCCUAAAUGGCCCCCUCAAGGAUUGAGCUCUCAAUCUUGGGUUUAGCAGGCUCAAACCACUAAGCUAUCCCUCCCCUCCUUUUUAAGGGGAGGGGGAAGCAUAGGGGACAAAAGAUUUAUGUCAUCUAGUGAGAUGGCAACGUGGGCUGGGAAAGGAUUAGAUGUGGCCCAUAAUGAAGUUCCUCUAGGGUGCAGGAAUGGAGGGGGCAGACAGGAUUGCAUCACAGAGAAGGGGAAAAAACAAGAUGGCGGCAUCUCCAACAGCACCAGGAUAGCUGCCUGCAGACCCCAGGAGCAUUACCCUAAGGGGCUCAGAGGUGCUCGAAUGACAGCCCAGCCCCUUUUUGGUCCUCACUCUUCCUGGGCCAAGCAGAGGCGAAAAGCACCCUUGGGAUGGGAUUUUCACAAACCCUAAGUGACGUAGAAGCCACAGCCCCAUUGAAAGUCAAGUCAAGCCAAUGGAACGUGUAGGCCCAUUUGAGACUCUCUGCAAAGACAAAGACACUGCAGAGGAGAUGUUGGAGCUUAUUUUCCUACUAUAUUUAUUGAGGUUUACAACAGCUGAACUUCCACACAAAUGUUCCUUUGUGUAAUUCAAAGGCCACUUGGUCAUAAUUAUACCCAGUGUACAAGCAUAAAUGUAUUCACCUAUAUUCUGUACCCACCAGCAUACAGUUAUAAGUACCAGCAGGAUCAGGCCUGGGAAAAACCUUUCCAUCAUGGUGCUCUCCAGAGGGGUA